AAACAGAAGAAAUUGGGGUUAAGUUUUAAAUGUUUAAAAUUUAACAUGAAUUCUUUACGGCAACUUUUAUCAAAAAACCAUAUAACAUCUAGCUUGUGUCGGACUUUCUCUGCUGUUUCCUCUGCAGGUAAAGAAGUUUCUGCAAAUGAACCUGAUAAAUUAUAUAAAUUUGUAGAGUUAGAACUUCGAGGCAAUGAUCCUGCUGUUUUGAAAAGCUUUUCUAAGUUUGCAGUAACUACAGGAAACCACUUAGAUAUCAACACCAAGUCGUGGACACUACGAAAACCCAAUCAUGAAAGGUAUACAGUUUUAAAAUCUGUACAUAUUUAUAAGAAACACAGAGUGCAAUAUGAACAUAGAACAUAUUACUCAUUUGUCCAAUUUAAACAUCUAACAGGUUCAACAGCAGACACCGUUUUGGAAUAUAUAGAGAGGAAUUUGCCUGAAGGGGUUGCCCUAAAAGCUACCAAGGUUGAAAUACAACAAAUACCUGAAUAUUUAGUACCACCCGAGGAAAUAAAAGAGAAGAAUCAAGAGGUCAAAUAAGUGUAAUAAUUUAGAAUUAGUUUAGUAAAAAAUGAAAAAGUACUAAGAUUUUUUUAUUACUCCAUAUCCA